UGGCUCUUUAAUUUGUGCCCUAAUUCAUUUCCCUCCAAUUUAGGAAUUUACAUCUUUCUCAAACUAAAGACAAUAUUAUGUAUAGGCUUCUGGCCGUGAGUGGUGCAAAUUGAAGCACGGUGGUUGGGCCACCGUCUUCGUGCAGUGGGAAACGGCUGGAGCAGCGGAUAUCGGCCCUCUUCCGGUUUGCUCUACCUGUCCGUUUGGUCCCCAGUCUCUCGGUGACCAGACCAGAAUCAGCUGAGAAAGGUUUUCAAAUGGACUAAUGGAGGCCCUGAGCCCACGCUCUCCCACCUCUUCUUCGGAUUUCUACGCGUAUCUCCUCCAGACAAGCCUCAAGUCCAAAGACCCAUUUUCCGGAAAGUUGAUUCAUGCUCGAAUAAUCAAAGCUGGGCUUCACCUCAGCGUGUUCUUGAUGAAUAGUCUCAUGAACUUCUAUGCAAAAGUUGGGUCUACUUCCGAUGCUCACCGCGUAUUUGAUGACAUGACUGUGAAGACCACAUCCUCUUGGAAUACAAUACUUUCAGCAUGUGCAAAACAGGGUAGGUUAGAUAAAGCAUGUCGUAUUUUUGAGGAAAUUCCUGAUCGUGACUCAGUUUCGUGGACUACUAUGAUUGUGGGAUAUAAUCAGAUUGGUCAUUCUGAAAAUGCGAUUCAAAUGUUUGUAGAAAUGAUUGGAAGUAGAAUUGCACCGACCCAGUACACCAUGACUAAUGUUCUUGCUUCAUGUGCUGCAAUUGAAGCUUUGGAUAUUGGUAGGAAGGUUCACUCAUUUGUCGUUAAACAUGGGCUUGGUAGUUGUAUUCCCGUGGCAAAUUCCUUGCUAAACAUGUAUGUGAAGUGUGGUGAUUCAAUAACAGCAAAAUUUGUUUUUGAUAGAAUGAGAUUGAAGAACACGUCGUCAUGGAAUGUUAUGAUUUCAUUGCAUAUGCUGUCUGGUCGGGUUGACCUGGCUCUUGCCCAAUUCGAACAGAUGACAGAACGAGAUGUAGUUUCAUGGAAUUCCAUGGUUGCAGGUUACAACCAGCAUGGUUUUGACGUUGAAGCACUGGAAAUCUUCUCAAUCAUGUUGAAGGAUUCUUCAUUAAAGCCUGAUAAGUUCACACUGGCAAGUGCUUUGUCGGCCUGUGCCAAUCUUGAGAAGUUAAAUCCUGGGAAACAAAUCCAUGCCUAUAUAAUGAGAACCGAGUUUGAUACCUCUGGGGCAGUCGGGAAUGCUUUGGUUUCAAUGUAUGCCAAGUCUGGUGGGGUUGAAAUUGCAAGAAAGAUUGUGGAGCAAAGUGGGUCUUCGGAUCUCAAUAUUAUAGCUUUUACAGCCCUGUUGGAUGGCUACAUCAAGCUUGGGGAUAUAAACCCGGCCAGACAGAUAUUUGACUCAUUAAGGGACCGCGAUGUGGUUGCAUGGACAGCUAUGAUUGUAGGUUAUGUUCAGAAUGGCUUGAAUAAUGAAGCUUUGGAUCUUUUCAAAUCAAUGAUUAAAGAAGGCCCCAACCCAAACAGCCACACUCUAGCAGCCAUGUUAAGUGUCAGUUCAAGCUUGGCUUCUUUGUAUCUUGGCAAACAAAUUCAUUCAAGUGCCAUAAGAUCAUGGGAAGCAUCAUCAGUUUCUGUGAGUAAUGCUCUAAUAACCAUGUAUGCCAAAGCUGGGAGCCUUAACAAUGCAAAGCAGGUAUUCAAUCUAAUACGGAAUAAUAGAGACACUGUCUCUUGGACGUCCAUGAUUAUGGCUUUGGCUCAGCAUGGUCAUGGAGAAGAAGCCAUAGAACUUUUUCAAGAGAUGCUGGCAGUUGGUAUUAAGCCUGACCAUAUAACUUACGUUGGUGUGCUCUCUGCCUGUACGCAUGUGGGAUUGGUGGAACAGGGUCAGAGAUAUUAUCAUUUGAUGCAAGAUCUACAUAAAAUUGAACCCACCUUAAGCCAUUAUGCAUGCAUGAUUGACCUGUUUGGGCGUGCUGGAUUGCUACAAGAAGCACAUGAUUUAAUAAAAAGUAUGCCUCUUGAACCAGAUGUCAUAGCUUGGGGUUCACUUUUAGCUUCUUGUAAGGUUCAUAAAAAUGUGGAGCUAGCAAAAGUUGCAGCAAAAAGAUUGCUCCUUCUCGAGCCUGGCAAUAGUGGGGCCUACUCAUCCCUUGCUAACUUAUAUUCAGCUUGUGGGAGAUGGAAGGACGCUGCUGAAAUUAGAAAAUCAAUGAAAGAUAGAGGAGUGAAGAAAGAUCAAGGAUUCAGUUGGCUUCAGAUACAGAACAAAGUCCAUGUCUUUGGGGUUGAAGAUGGGCUUCACCCACAGAAAGAUGCUAUAUACAAUAUGAUGGCAAAGAUCUGGAAGGAGAUAAAAAAGAUGGGUUUCAUUCCAGAUACUGAAUCAGUACUGCACGACCUUGAGGAAGAGGUGAAGGAACAGAUGCUUAGACAUCACAGUGAAAAACUUGCAAUUGCAUUCGGGCUAUUAAGUACUCCAGAGAACACUACAUUGAGAAUCAUGAAGAACCUUAGAGUGUGUAAUGAUUGUCAUUCCGCCAUAAAAUUUAUCUCCAAGCUUGUGGGCAGAGAAAUAAUUGUGAGAGACUCUACUCGUUUUCACCAUUUCAAGGAUGGCUCCUGCUCUUGUCAGGAUUAUUGGUAGGCAACAAGGAUGGGAUUUUUUUUAAAAUCUGAUGGUGAAGUGGGAAAAAAUUUCAUGUAUGUAGCAUCCAAAAAGUUGAUGCUCGAUGUAGAAAUCAGGUGUUGCUUUCCUGAUAUGUUAUUCUGUAAUGCUUUUGGCCGCCUACUUAUAUGACAUAUACCAUUCGAGAAAGGCAACAAAAUUAAACCAAUUGUUAAUAUCUUUUGCCACUUCUCUCUCCAAUCAUACUGUUAUCGCCAAAUGGGUUGACACUACUUGUGCAUCCGUGCUGCUUACGACACCUUCCGUUCCAGAAAAUUAUAUGACGCUGAAGAAGAAGAAGAAGAACACAGAGGGUGUGAGCUGAUUUUUCCAAAGGAGGCUCAUGUCAUGAGCAGAAAACAAGCCUCAUCUACUGGCCCUUCACCGUUUGACCUUGAGAGCACUCAAGCACCAAACCACCAAUGCUACAAAGAGAGCCAGUAACAAGCUUCUUAUUGACUGUGUAAAAGCAAAUCUUGUGGCAAAAUAAUCUAAGAUAGUUUGCUGUACUUGAUGGCAUCUACAUCACAUGAAGCUGUGCAAAAUGAAGCUGUGCACAAUGCUAAAGUAGACAUGCAAUUCAAGUUAUUUUGCCAAGCAUGCAUUAAUUUUUGUAAAAUCUAGACCACUUUGGUGUGGGGAAACUUUGCAAUGCAUGUUUUGAAGGCUGGGAGUUUGGGGUAGUUGACUUAAGAUUCGUUGCUCACUUUAAAAUCUUGAGGACUGUAGGAACCUUGGAAUACUCUCCUUUGUCAGUUCUGCAAGGAGAAGGGAGCCUCUAUAUAUCCUCAUCAGAACUUCCGAUCAAAUAGCUUAACCUUCAUCCUCAGUGACCAUAUCUAUCCUCAAUAACCAUUUUGUACCUUUAGGAACCAACUUUACGAAUUAGUUUGCACUAAUUCAUACUAAAUGCUGUAAGUAGAGCUCUAAAGGGAUGUUCAGAUACACUACCGCUAAUGCCAAGCUUUGUGAAAAUUGGGGUGUUCCUUAGAGUGUUAUGGAUUUGAAUGGCUGAAGGGUUGCUGCACUGGUAGAUGGGCAUUUGGGAUUCUUUGGUAGUUGUUUUGCUAAGUGUAUGGUUUCCGGAUAUUUGGUUUUUUUUCUCCCAAGUAUGUAGGUUCGGGGGUUUGUUUUUGUUGUGGGGAUUGGCUGUGAAUGUUUACUUGGGCAGUGGGAUUGGUGGAACAGGGUCAGAGAUAUUGUCAUUUGAUGCAAGAUCUACAUAAAAUUGAACCCACCUUAAGCCAUUAUGCAUGCAUGAUUGACCUGUUUGGGCGUGCUGGAUUGCUACAAGAAGCACAUGAUUUCAUAAUAAGUAUGCCUCUUGAACCAAAUGUCAUAGCGUGGGGUUCACUUUUAGCUUCUUGUAAGGUUCAUAAAAAUGUGGAGCUAGCAAAAGCUGCAGCAAAAAGAUUGCUCCUUCUUGAGCCUGACAAUAGUGGGGCCUACUCAUCCCUUGCUAACUUAUAUUCAGCUUGUGGGAGAUGGAAGGACGCUGCUGAAAUUAGAAAAUCAAUGAAAGAUAGAGUGAAGAAAGAUCAAGGAUUCAGUUGGCUUCAGAUACAGAACUAAGUCCAUGUCUUUGGGGUUGAAGAUAUGCUUCACCCACAGAAAGAUGCUAUAUACAAUAUGAUGGCAAAGAUCUGGAAGGAGAUAAAAAGGAUGGGUUUCAUUCCAGAUACCGAAUCAGUACUGCACGACCUUGAGCAAGAGGUGAAGGAACAGAUGCAAUGCAACUGUUUUGACAGUGGAUCAGCCACCGCUAUAAUUUGUACAUAAAAUGGAAAUAUUAUUCAUGAAAUGAAGACUCCGUUUAUUUCA